AUGGAGACUGAGAUCCAAUCCCCAGACAAUGCACACAAACGAUCGCGGGCCGAUUUCGAAGACGGGAAUGCAAUUCCGGCCAAGCCCAACAGCGACUCAGUACAAAACGAUGAUAGCUCCUCUGAGGACGACUUUGGUCCGGCACUGCCUUCAACCGCACCAAAAAAGAAGCGUCGAAAGCUUCCUUACGAAAAGCUAUAUAUCUCCGCCCUCCCUACCUCUCCGCGCUACUCCAAAUCUCUGAUGCACAAAGACCAGCUUUCUUUCGUCACGGUUACUCCAUUUACAGACUUCUUAAUUACCAGCUCGGUAGACGGGGUCGUCAAAUUCUGGAAGAAGGUUGCUGUAGGAAUAGAGUCGGUGAAGGAGUUCAGGGCGCAUGUUGGAGAAAUCAAGAGUGUCAGUGUCAGCCAGGAUGGACGCAGCUUUGCUACCGCUGGAGCGGACAAGACGAUCAAAAUCUUCGAUGUCAUUACUUUUGAUCUGCUAGCGAUUCUCCAGCUGGACUUCACACCUAGAUCAAUAUGUUGGGUCCAUAGGCGCGGCGCCUCGCUACCCUUACUUGCUGUCUCAAAUGAGGCCGACCAUAUAAUCAAUAUAUAUGAUGGCAGGGGUGAAUCGCAGACUUCAAUACACCGAAUUACCAGUUUGCACAAAAGCUCAGUGAGAACAAUUGCGUACAACAAUGGCUAUGACUGUGCUAUCUCUGCUGAUGAUAAUGGUAUGAUUGAAUAUUGGGGCCCCGGGGGAAACUACGAGAAACCGGACAAUCUUUUCAAGUAUAAAAGCUCAACGGACUUGUUCGAGUUCAAGAAAGCGAAAAGUUUGCCAACUUCCAUCACCAUCUCACCUUCUGGUACACAGUUUGCAACAUUUUCUUUUCCUGAUCGAAAGGUCAGAGUCUUUGACUUUGCUACUGGCAAGCUCUACCGGACGUAUGACGAGUCACUAUCAACUGUCACCGACAUGCAACAAGCCGGUACGGCGUUGCAGAAGCUCGAAGAUGUGGAGUUUGGCAGGCGACUAGCUGUUGAACGGGAACUGGAGAAUCCAGCAUUUCAAAAUAAGAUCAACAUAAUAUUCGACGAGUCAGGUAAUUUCAUCAUCUAUGGCUCUCUCCUGGGAUCGAAGGUCAUCAAUACCCUGACCAAUCGCGUCGUCAAAGUCUACGGCAAGGAUGAAUCGUUCCGCCCAUUGAAUCUGGCUGUUUACCAGGGUCAACCUCAAAAGAAAGGUGUUGUCACGGUCUCCAUGGCUGCCAGCGCCAAUCCUCUCCUCCAAGAAGCCGAAGAGCGAGAUCCGAUGCUCGUUUCCACUGGCUCAGGAAAAGUCCGCUUCUAUAUUUUCACCAACGAGACCGAUAUCAGCAAGUCUUCUCGCGACGUUCAAAAUGAAAAGCCCAGGAAUCUCAAUUCUCGCCAACAAGUCGAAGCCAAGCCUGCGGAGAGUGGUACCGCAGCCAUUCUACAUACAACAUAUGGCGACAUCCACAUCCGUCUUUUUCCCGAAGCUGCCCCCAAAGCUGUGGAGAACUUCGUCACUCAUAGCAAGAACGGCUACUACAACAAUACAAUAUUCCACCGCGUGAUCCGGAAAUUCAUGAUCCAGUGUGGCGAUCCGCUAGGUGAUGGGACUGGUGGUGAAAGCAUCUGGGGCACGGAAUUUGCGGAUGAAUUCUCUGCGCUCAAACACGACAAAGCUUACACGGUUAGCAUGGCAAAUGCAGGGCCAAAUACGAAUGGCAGCCAAUUUUUCAUCACGACAGAAAGGACACCUUGGUUGGACAGGAAGCACACAAUCUUUGGGAGAGCGGUGCAAGGGCUCGAUGUGGUGCAUCGGAUCGAGAAUGCCAGAGUCUACAAGGAGAAACCGGAGGAAGAUAUCAAGAUCGUCAGCAUUGAUGUUGCUUAA